AUGUUACUCACUGAAUUUUCUUCUCAUUCUCUUCUCAUUUUUCUUCUCAUUCUUCUCUUCAUUCUCUCAUUUUCUUCUCAUUCUCUUCUCAUUUUCUUCUCAUUCUCUUCUCAUUUCUUCUCAUUCUCUUCCAUUUUCUUCUCAUUUUCUUCUCAUUUUCUUCUCAUUCUCUUCUCAUUUUCUUCAUUCUCUUCUCAUUUUCUAUUCAUUCUUCUCAUUUUCUUCUCAUUCUCUUUCUCAUUCUCAUUCUCAUUUUCUUCUCAUUUUCUUCUCAUUCUCUUCUAUUUUCUUCUCAUUUUUCUUCUCAUUCUUCUUCUCAUUUUCUUCUCAUUUUCUUCUCAUUUCUUCUUUUCUUCUCAUUCUCUUCUCUCAUUUUUCUUCUCAUUUUCUUCUCAUUCUCUUCUCAUUUUCUUCUCAUUCUCUCUCAUUUUCUUCUCAUUCUCUUCUCAUUUUUUCUCAUUCUCUUCUCAUUUUCUUUCUCAUUUUUUCUUCUCAUUUUCUUCUCAUUCUUCUCAUUUUCUUCUCAUUUCAUUUCUCAUUCUCUUCUCAUUUUUUUCUCAUUCUCUUCUCAUUUUCUUCUCAUUUUUCUCUCAUUUCUCUUCUCAUUUUCAUUUUCUCAUUUCUUCUCAUUUUCUUCUCAUUCUUUUCUUAUUCUCUUCUCAUUUUCUUCUCAUUCUCUUCUCAUUUUCUUCUCUAUUCUCUUCAUUUUCUUCUCAUUUUCUUCUCAUUUUCUUCUCAUUCUCUUCUCAUUUUCUUCUGUUUUUCUUCUCUAUUCUCUUCUCAUUUCUUCUCAUUUUUCUUCAUUCUCUUCUCAUUUUCUUCUCAUUCUCUUCUCAUUUUUCUUCUCAUUUUCUUCUUUAUUUUCUCUUCUCAUUUUCUUUCAUUCUCUUCUCAUUUUUUUCUUCAUUCUCUUCUCUCAUUUUCUUUUCAUUCUCUUCUCAUUUUCAUUUUUUCUCAUUUUCUUUCAUUUUCUUCAUUUUUCUUCUCAUUUUCUUCUCUCAUUUUCUUCUCAUUUUCUUCUCAUUUUCUUUCAUUUUCUUCUCAUUCUCUUCAUUUUCUUUCUCAUUCUCUUCUCAUUUUCUUUCUCAUUCUCUUCUCAUUUCUUCUCAUUUUCAUUUUCUCUCAUUUUCUUCUCAUUUUCUUCUCAUUCUCUUCUCAUUUUCUUCUCAUUUUCUUCUCAUUCUCUUCUCAUUUUCUUCUCAUUCUCUUCUCAUUCUCUUCUCAUUCUCUUCUCAUUCUCUUCUCAUUCUCUUCUCAUUCUCUUCUCAUUCUCUUUUCAUUUUCUUCUCAAUUCUCUUGUUCCUCCGCAGUCUCUUUUCAUCUUCUUCUUUUCCAUUCUCUUUUUCUCCCUCGUUCUAUUUUUAUCGUCUUCUUCUGCAUUCUUUUUUCUUCAUCAUUCUACUUCUUCCUCUUAUAAUUCAUGUGAUUCCUUUUAUCUUGUUUUUGAUUCUCUUCUUCUUUCUUUUCUUCUUCAAAUUCGUUUUUCCCUCCUCGUCCUUCUCCUCCCCCUCUUCUUCUUCUUCUUCUUCUUCUUCUUCUUCUUCAGAAUCUAACUCAUUUGACUCAUAUCUAUCUAUCUAUCUAUCUAUCUAUCUAUCUGAUUCAGUUCAUCUAUCUUAUUCUGCUCAUCUAAUUCUAUCUAUCUAUCUAUCUAAUUCGUAUUGUUCAUCUAAUUCUAUCUAUCUAUCUAUCUAA